AUGGCCGAAGGAGGGGCUGGUAAAGGUGGCAGAGAAGAGCCAGGGAAGCUGCCCGAGGAAGAGGAGGACAUCCAGGUCCUGCAUGGUGCGGGCCACUGCAAAUGGUUCAAUGUGCGGAUGGGAUUCGGCUUCAUCUCUAUGACCAGUCGGGAGGGAAGUCCCUUGGAGAACCCGGUUGAUGUUUUUGUACACCAAAGCAAACUUUAUAUGGAAGGUUUUAGAAGUCUUAAAGAAGGAGAGCCAGUUGAAUUUACAUUUAAGAAAUCUUCCAAAGGACUUGAGUCGUUACGAGUAACCGGCCCAGGUGGCAAUCCCUGCAUAGGAAGUGAAAGAAGAAUCAAGGGAAAGAUGAUUCAGAAACGAAAACCAAAAGGCGAUAGAUGCUACAACUGUGGUGGCCUUGACCAUCAUGCUAAAGAAUGUAAUCUACCUCCUCAGCCAAAAAAGUGCCAUUACUGUCAAAGCAUAACGCAUAUGGUAGCGAACUGCCCCCACAAGACUGUUCCACAACAUCCAGCAGCCUCUCAGGGAAGAUAUGAAGCAGAACAGCAGCCUUCCACUUCUACUUUUCAACGGGAAGGAGGAGGGGCCUUUGGCUAUUCAUCUCCAUCAUAUUCUCAGGAGGGAAGAUCAGAGCACUCAGAACGUUCAAGCAGGUCACCGCAAGAAGCUUCCUUAAGUAAGAUAUCUACAUCGCCUGAAGAACAAAGCAGAAAGGGGCCUUCUGUUCAAAAAAGGAAAAAAACUUAG